GCCCCCUUCUGCGUCAGUCGUUCGCGAGGCCUCGCAUGCGACGGGUUGCGCGCAGUUCACCGGCCAGUUUUUUCGGAGUUUCUGUCGCCCCUUUCUUGCUCUCUCACCCCCUGGUCAAGCGGCCCGAAAGCCGGAGACAACGGAGCGCCUCGGAGGCGCUGCCGCGAGUGUACGGUGCGCCAAGAGUAGUUUUCGUCGCGGCGAGGAUUCGUACCGUGUUCUCCCUUCUCGUCCUUACGGUCAAUAAUGAGGGACAUGGCGGGCAAGAUCGCCGAGUUGAAGUUCGAGGCACCCCUGGCACGCUUCGAGGAGGAAGACACCGCCAGCCUGAAGAACAUGAAUCUGCUGACAGAACAAUUGCUGGACGCCAGUUUGGAUGAUAACUACGGGGAGAACUGCAACGCGAACGAGCCGCCGGCGACCCAUGAAAAUGGCACCGAUACCCUACACGAGGGGACGUUCAGCCCCUUUAGCGGCAGUCUCGAGGACCUUGUUAAUACCUUCGACGAGAAGAUAACAUCCUGCUUCCGCGAUUACGGCACGGAUGUCGAGUCUCUAGCACCUGUCCAAGUGCGGACACAGGAGGAGAUCAUGAACGAGUGCCAAAUGUGGUGGACGAUAACCGGCACCUUCGGAAACAUACUACCGAUCGACUGGAGCAAAUCGUACGCGAGGAAAAUGCAUAUGCCCGCGUUGAAUCUAAACGAGGCCCCACUAUCGAACGACAGACAAGAACUAGAAGAUUUAAGUAGCGAAGACGAGGCGGUUGCGACUGAUUUGGACAUGCAUGCUUUGAUCUUGUCCAGCAGCAUCGACACGCACAGCCCCGAGGAACAACUCAAGACUGCGGAAGAGGUACUUCGCGAGAUAGACGACAUAAUGCAGGAGAGUCCAUCGAUGGAGCGAUCGCCGGACUCGGAUGGUUCGUUAUUGGACAGCGACGAAGCCCUGGAACGGAGCAGAGAAGUUCUCGGCUCGCCGCUACACGAGAAAAAGUUAAAACAACUGAGCUCCAGUCAACUGACCGAGCUCCUCGGCGAGAUGGAGUCGCUGGUGGGAGCCCUCAGCGAAACGCUGAUCGCGGAACUUGCGCUGAGGGACGAAUUAGAAUACGAGAAGGAACUAAAGAAUCAGUUCAUCUCGUUGCUACUCGCCGUACAAAACCGACGUAGACAGCACCAUGUGACAAAGAAGAGAAAUCAAAUGCAAAAUGGUACUAGUCCGUUGCCGCAACACAGAUCCUUUCAAGAGUCUAAGUAUUUAACGACUGUAAUCCCGUACCAUACGGAUAGUGGUCCUCCAGACAACCAAGCGUUACAAGUUCUGAUAAAAAUACUAAAAGCAAUUAACGAAGAUAGUCCAACCGUACCUACUUUAUUAACGGAUUAUAUUCUCAAAGUUCUCUGUCCCACUUAGUGAGAAUAUCGCAAGUCUCACGGGAAGGUCGAUGGAACACCAGGAAGAAAGAUAUUAAGAUAUUGAAAAAUACAAAUUUGCUCUCUUCUUCUUGCCAGUACGCUUCAGCCGUUGUUGUGCCGCAUAUACUUGCGUUAAGGCAGGUGAUUUUUCGCUUCUGAGUUGUGUCUCGAAUUACACUCUCUCUAUUGAUUGUAGAUCGUAGGUAGGGUCCCGUGACACUCGUAUCUAGUCUUACUUUAUAUAUUAUAAUGUGUAUAUUGAUUUUACAUAAGGUACAGUUCCGAUAAUCUAUGUAUUGCGCUCUACGGAAUACCUCUUGUCGUAUACAUGAAUUAUAAAAUGCGAUUCUUCAUUUUUAUAUACGUCAUCAUGGAUUUCUCGCGACGAUUCGGUUUUUUGUAAUUUUUUGUACAUAAAGAUUUUAUCGAAGUAUGUGUGAGCAAAGUUUACUAUAUCACCGAGAAUACUUAUAUAUUUAUCUAGAGAAACAUACCAAAUAAUAUGUAGAUCGCUCUCGGCCGAGGAGAGAAAAAGAGAAAGAGAGAAAGAAGCAUUAAUAAGCUUACGGAUUUAGUGCGUAUCGUUGUAACACCCGUAUCUAUCAAAAGUUACACUAAUUAAUAACAUUGACGCGCAAAAAUACAUUGCAUCCCGUUAAUCGAAUCAUACCUUCACAGAUGUGUACUUUACUUGACAAAACUGUUAAACGACUGUGCGCAAUGCUGGCAUUAAACGUUCUCUCGUAUGCAGCGACACAGUUGUCCCGAUGCAUUGUGCAUAUAGUAGAAAUACUGUGUUUGUUGAAAUAAAGAAAUAAAUCGGACAAUCUUACCAUUCAAAA